GCAAUUUAACCAAAGAUAUGCUGCACAAUAGGUAGGUAUCACAAUAACCGCGACAGACGUCAGCGGCUGGUGCCGAGCGCACUGUUUGCUGCACUUCCAUCAGUUUGAAUCAAUUGCUACUGUAGAAUCCUAACUGUUAUAUAGGCUAGCGUAUCAAGGCGAGAAUGAGCUUGGAGGAGACGGAACCUUUAGUCGAGCCGACAACAAGGGGCUCUCCGGAGGACUGGAAAAGGUCACUGGAGAAAGUUGUACCAUGCUGCGUCGUGCUCAAGGUUACGCAAACCCGUGCUUUUGACACGGAGGCUGCGGGGUCCGCGUAUGCCACGGGUUUCAUUGUCGACAAGCAGCGGGGUCUCAUCCUCACGAACCGCCACGUCGUCACUCCAGGGCCCAUUGUGGCGGAAGCCAUCUUUUUGAACCGGGAGGAGCUGCCAGUGGUGCCUCUCUACUACGACCCAAUCCACGACUUUGGGUUCCUGCGGUUCGACCCCAGCCGGCUCCAGUUCAUGGAGGUGUCUGAGGUGCCGCUGGCGCCCGAGGGCGCCACAGUCGGACUGGACAUCCGCGUGGUGGGCAACGACUCGGGCGAGAAGGUGUCUAUCCUAGCGGGCACGCUGGCGCGCCUGGACCGCGACGCGCCCGUGUACGGCCGCAAGGGCUACAACGAUUUCAACACGUUCUACCUGCAGGCGGCUUCCGGCACCAAGGGCGGCUCCAGCGGCUCGCCCGUCAUCGACUGCCAGGGCCGCGCGGUGGGGUUGAACGCGGGCGGCAAGAACAAGGCGGCGUCCGCGUACUACCUGCCGCUUGAGCGGGUGGUGCGGGCGCUCAAGCUCAUCCAGGCGAGCAAGGACGCGUGUGACAAGCCCGGCGUGUGGCCCGCGCCGGUCAUCCCGCGCGGCGACCUGCAGACCACGUUUGUGUUCAAGGGCUUUGACGAGGUGCGGCGGCUGGGGCUGCAGCAGGAGACGGAGCGCCGCGUGCGCAACAGCAAGACGGCGCCGGGGCCGGAGGGCGCGCAGCACUCGACCGGCAUGCUGGUGGUGGACAGCGUGGUGCCGGGCUGCGCCUGCGACGGCGUCAUCGAGGCGGGCGACGUGCUGGUGGAGCUCAACGGCCAGGUGGUGACCCACUUCCUGGCCCUGGAGGAGCUGCUGGACGACGCCGCGCAGGACCGCAUGGGUGGCGGGUCCGGCAAGGUGCAGCUGCUGCUGGAGCGAGGCGGCAAGCCGAUCCGUGCCGAGGUGGAUGUGACGGACCUGCACACCGUCACGCCCAACUGCUUCCUCGAGCUGGCGGGCGGCGCCGUGCACGCGCUGAGCUACCAGCAGGCGCGCAACAACCGCGCGGUGGUGGGGCAGGUGUAUGUGGCGGAGCCGGGCUACAUGCUGGGCCGCGCCAACGUGCCCAAAUGCGCCAUUAUCACCGGCCUCAAUGGCAAGCCCACGCCCGACCUCAUCACCUUCGCCACGGUGCUGCGCACGCUGCCGCACGGCGCGCGCGCGCCGCUGGAGUACCUGACCUUCGGCGAGCGGCACCGCCGCAAAAACGCCAUUCUUCAUGUGGACCGCCAGUGGUACGGGCCGCCAGUGUACUGGACGCGGGACUAUGCUCUGGGCACGUGGCACCCCACCACCGACUACCCGCCGGGCGCGCCGCCGCCGCCGGAGCCCAGCAUCAAGCCAUUGGCUGCCAGCACUGCCGAGCCGAUCAGCACCGAGGCGCGGCUAGCCAACGGCCACGCCACCGGCACGGCGGACGCGAGCCCCGCGCCCAUGGACACGGAGCAGGUGGCCGCGGCGAACGGCGGCGGCGGCGCGGCGGCGGCCAGCACUUCGGGCCGCGAGGGCUCCACGCCGGCGGCAGGGACGGACAGCGGCGCGGGCGACAUGCAGUCUGACGACCUGGACGAGCUGCUGCGCUGCUGCCUGGUGCUGGUGGACGUGGACAUCCCGCUGGUGGCGCUCAGCGACGGCGUGCACAGCAGGAGCUUCGCGGGCAACGGACUGGUGGUGUACGCUGGCGAGCGGGUUGGGCUGGUGUUGGUGGACCGCAACACGGUGGCUGUAGGGCCGUGCGACGUCAACCUGUCAUUCGGGGCGCACCCUGCCGAGAUCAGCGGCCGCGUGCGCUUCCUGCACCCCCUCCACAACUUCGCGCUGGUGUCGUACGACCCGGCGGCGCUGCCGCCCGAGGCGCGCGCCAAGGUGCGCGCCGCCGAGCUGCUGCCCUACCCGCCGCUGAAGCGCGGCGAGGCGAUGCGGCUGGUGGGACUGACCAAGCACCUGCGCGUCAUGCAGCGCACCUCCACCGUCACCAACGCCACCGCCGCGCUCACCAUCCCCAGCGCCGAGGUGCCCCGCUUCCGCGCCGUGCACGAGGAGGUGAUCAAGCUAGACCAGGACUUCGGCGCCACCUUCAGCGGCUGCCUCACAGACAACCGCGGCCGCGUGCGUGGGCUGUGGUGCAGCUACUCGGAACAGGUGGAGAAGGAGGAGCGGGAGUGGUGCGCGGGCCUGCACGCCGCCGUAUUCUACCCCUGGGUGGAGCAGCUGGCGCGGCAGCUGGACCAGGACGCGCCUGCGCCGCCGCCCACCGCCUGUGUGCUGGACGCGGAGCUGGAGGCCGUGCUGCUGAGCAAGGCGGCGCAGUUCGGGCUGCCCGGGGAGUGGGUGUCGCGACUGGACCAGCUGGACCCGGAGCGCCGCCAGGUGCUGCGCGUGCGGUCCUGCGUGGCGCAGUCGCACGCGUCUAAGGUGCUGCGCAGCGGCGACAUGCUGCUGGCCAUGUCGGGCCGCCCCGUCACCUGCUUCCAGGACGUGGAGCGCCUCAUCAGCGAGGCCUCAGCAGCAGCGGCAACCGCCGGCGCCGCCGGGACAGGGCCGGCGGCUGAGCCGACGGAGGCGGGGACCGUGGACGAGCCAGCUAGCAAGCGGCCGCGCGUGGACGCCGCGAGUGAGGGCGCGGCGGCCGCUGCCGCCCCCGCCGAUGGCUCCGGGCGGCCGACCAUGCACCUGACCAUCUACCGCAGCGGCGCGGUGCAGGACGUGGAGGUGGUGCUGGGGCAGGAGGAUGGCAUGGGCACGGGGCGGCUGGUGCACUGGUGCGGCGCGCAGCUGCAGGCGCCGCACCGCGGCGUGCGCGAGCUGGGCUUCCUGCCCGAGGGCGCGGCGGGCGUGUACAUCUCGCGCUGGCACCACGGCUCGCCGGCGCACCGCUACGGGCUGUACGCGCUGCACUGGAUCCAGCAGGUGAACGGCGUGGACACGCCUGAUCUGGACUCAUUCCUGGCGGCGGUGGCAAACAUCGGCGACGGCCAAUUCGUGCGGCUCAAGGUGUGCCACCUGGAGACGACACAGCCCAAGGUGCUGACGCUCAAGCUGGACCUGCACUACUGGCCCACAUGGGAGCUGCGCCUGGACCCCGGCACCUGCAGCUGGCGACGCCUGCAGCACGGCAAGUUGGGCACCGCCAAGCAGGCGGCGGCGUAACCUGUUGUGGCGGCAGCAGCAGACGACAGGGGAGGCUGCGGCGGCGGAUGAGAGCGGCAGGCUAGCUCGGCAGGAAUGUGAAACGCGGAGUGAGGAUAGAGACAGGGGGCGGAAGGCGUGCGCCGGGACUGGACACCGAUGCCACGUCCGUGGGAGCAUCUGCGGCUACAUCAAGCCAGACGAUGCGGGGGCACAUGCUGCAAGUAUAUUUGACGUGGCAUGGGCGCAGCCCACUUUUCCUUCGAGAGGGAAACCUUUCUUGUCAGCACUGGGAUGGACGGUGGGGCGAUCCUGGUAGGGCGGCGAUGCCGGGGGGGGCACUGUUCGAUGUGGGGGGACGUUAGGCCAGUAACGGCACGGCUUUGCUUUGGCCUUGGCUCUAGUAUGGCCGUGCAGGAGCCGUAGUAUGCACGUGUGUGUGCAGUUGGCACGCCAACAGAAUUUACAUGUGCAGGGGUGCUGUGCAGCUGUCUAGUGCCUGCGCGUAGAUGCAUUUCUGCAGUGUAGCCUAAGGAUGACUGGCAGGCUGACCGGCGCGAGUGGGUGCGGGGAGAGCAACGCGGUAUUGCCACGGGUCUGCCACCGCACCAAGACGUGGGAGCGCUGGCAUGCGGCGUCUGUCGUAUCGGGCAGCAUAUGACCCAAGCAGGCGAACGGGUUACUGAUGACUGACCCUGUGCCUCAAGGUGACCAGAAGACCGGUGAGCGGCAUAAGCAGAGAACGUGCGGCAUCUGAGCAUGCAGUGCAUGCGUAUCAUAUGUAGGAGGCCAGACGAGGCGGUUUGAUGUCGGCUGAGCCCCAGUACCUCGUACGCGCAUAGCGCCCGGUCCAAUAGUGUGCGCGCUUGUCAAGGCCGGGAGGAUGCAAUACGGCAUUUCAUUCGGGAGCGGAGGUGAGGUGUGCGGAGGCCAUUCGGACAAUCAAAAUGUGUCAUCAGCAUGGCGAAGUCUGCACGCAUGGGCUACAAGAAGUGCAUCAGUUGAUGGCUGCACGCCUGUAACUGAUGCAGCUGGAUUCUGGCCACCGCACUCUUGUACUUACGGUGGAAGAAACCCUUGAUGCGUUGCCAAUCGGCGGAGUCAUUCUAAAUCGAAGUUCGGCUUGCGUCAUUAUUAAUGGUAUCCUUCCCCCGCACCAAGGCAGGCUGCCUAGAGUGCCUCGCACGCCGCCCAGCCUAAAGAGCAGGGCCACAUAGGUACCGGUGUUGUGAGCAGGGAAGGUCACCACGAAGUAAAAGCACACCGCUGCCUAUCUUGAAG